AUGCCACGAGCUCCGGGGGCCGCGGUGCUUAAGUCAGUGAAUCCCCUCGGCUUCUCCCUCUUUCGCUUGCUCGCAUCGCGUGGGGAGGAUGCUCUGGUGUCUCCGCUGUGCAUCUCAGCGUGCCUGUCCAUGGUUGCAGCUGGCGCCACGGCGGGCUCCCAGGCGGAGAAGGAGCUCAUGGCCUUGCUCAAGACUCUGCUCCCAAACUUGCCUCCGGCCAGCGAGGUGCAGAUGUUCAACUCUGCGUGGGUUCGCGCACGAAUCCGCCCGGACUUCGUGGAGGCUGUGCAGAAGAAGCUAGGCGCAGAGGCCCAUGAGUUGAUGGACGCCGACCCCUCACCCAUCAACGCAUGGGUGAAGGAGAAGACGCUGGGGCGCCUCCCGACGCUCUUUGACUCGCUGGACGCCCUUACUGUAAUGGUGCUCGUGAGCACAGUGUUCUUCAACGGUACAUGGGCAACGGUUUUUGAUGCAGACCUCACCCAAACGUCUCAGUUCGAGGGCUUUUCGGGGCCUCGCACUUGCCACAUGAUGCGCAGGAAGGAGAAGGACGUGGCGUACACAGAGAACGAGAUCUUCCAAGCCGUUCAACUUCCCUAUGUCGGCAGGAAGACUUGGGCAACCAUCCUCUUGCCGAAGGCGCCUGGUCCAGAUGCCCUUGCCGAAGUGGCAGCUUCCCUCGAGAAGAUCUGGCAUCCCUUGAAUGCAGAGCUGUAUGGCGCGGAGGUGGAGGUGACGCUGAGACUACCACGCUUUCGCCUCAGUGCCGGAGGAUCGAUGAAGGCUGUGCUAGAGCAACUCGGGCUCCAGGAGGUCUUUGAAUCUACAGGUGGCUUUUUAAAGAUGUCGGACGACCCGCUGGUGUGCCUCGGCGAGGUGAUGCACCAGGCGACCCUUGAAGUCAACGAGGAGGGCACCAUUGCUGCCGCAGCAACCGGUGCCGCCAUGGCCACCCGCGGUCGCUCCAAGUCAGCAGAGAUGACGGUCAACCGGCCCUUCCUCUUCAUACUCAGCGACAGCCUCGGUACUCUUCACUUCCUUGGCCAAGUGGUCGCGCCGGAGCUUGAUUGA